AUGGGGAAAACCUGUCCAUCGUCAGACGGUCCUAUCUGGAGCGUUCACUCGGCCGCGGUGAAGCACGGCGGUUUCAAUCCGACCACCCUAGAGAAUGAUGUGGCUAUUAUAACGAUUAACGGUACCUUCGCCGGACAAUCAAACGUGAAACCGAUAGUCAUCGCGACCACAGUGCUUGCGGUAUCUACCACGAAUCGCUCGAAAUGUGUUGUUAUUGGAUGGGGUCAGAAUUCGAUUACUACCUUUAAUUAUAAUGUUUUUCAAGCUGAUUACGAGCUGCUGACUGAUCAGGAAUGUGCAGCAGCAGGUGCUAACCCUCCGUCGAUUAUGUGCGCUCAAUCGGUGAGAGGAUAUGCUUGCCGUGUUGGCGGCGGUGCACCGCUGGUGUGCAAUGGUCAGUUGUAUGGGAUACUCACUGCUCAAACCAACUGCACAGCGUCCAGCACCGCAAAAAUUCAAAUGUUUGCAAAGCUUCCGGUAAUCAGCAUUCCAUGGAGCCCCGCUACUCCACCAGCACCUCCCAGGAAAAAUUACGUAUCUUGCCCAUGA